AUUGAGGCGAAUUUAAUUGACAUUUUUAUUGAUAUUGAUUUAUUGAUAUUGAUAUAUUGAUAUUUUUAACUCUGGUCAGCACUCACGAGCAUUACGAUGCUACAAUUUUGCGAUGUCACAACGUUACGAUACGAUUACGACUAAUGUAGAUCGGCCUUUAGACGUAAAGCAGUGAGACGACGCGGCAAUAUUACAGCGUCAGUGAGUCACAGGUGGCACAGUCAAACGUGUUAAACUAGAACGAUAUUGUCUAACUAGCAUCUGCUAGCCGAAAGUUUGUCGAGAUGGACGAACGAAUGAUCGACUGUCGUGUCGGCGAGCGAUAAAUCGCUCUGUACAGUCACCUGUCGGAGCAGCCGACGUACAUGCGUAUGUAAAUCGAAGGUGGAGAAUAAGCGAUGGCUCGCCGAGGUCAGCGUUUGACGCGGCGGAUCUCCGUACAGGUGGGAGAGAAUGCGCGUGUGGGAGAGAAAAGAGAAUGUAGCGCGUGAAGCAAAGGACAUCCUGCCGAUGAUUCACGCGGCAUGAUUCCGUCCCGCGGAAGAAUUUCCCCGCCGUGCCGGGCCUUUCGAACGCUCUCGACAAUAACCAGAAAACGCGAACGACGCGAAAAACCGACAUGCCCGCUGCACAUUCGUGACUCACUUCGUACGAGUUUUUCUAUCUUCUUUUUCUUCGGGCGUGACUCGAGCUUAUCCUUCAUGCCUUCGCGCACUGCUUGUUAUUAGCGAUCGCGAGAACGGGGGGAGGGAAAAAGCGAGAAAAGGAACUGACGCGAAAGUGAAUGUAACGGAUUGAUUAUUUUGUUAUCGACGUAACUGACGACGCAGAACAACGGGCACGUUCAUCCGGCGGCUUUACGACGUAUUCACGGCUUUUUGAGCUUUACGACUUUUGUCGCGCUCGAUAGAGCGGUCGAAGCCGCGAUAUCCUUUCGCUCGAAAAGGGUGAAAGUGCGAUAGGUGUCGGUUCAAAUAGUCAUCCGGCAGGCGCGAGUGCACGCGGUGGCUCAUAUUGCAAAAUUCCGCCUUGGAAAGGCAACGAACGCAAGUGCAAUGUUCGCUCUUACCUUUUCACAACCGUAUCUCAAUCCUGUUCGUUUAUGCGAAUUAAUUCCCUUGCCUCGGGAAAUAGGAUAGCGAUCUCUCAAACUGAGACCCAAAAUCGACGCUUCUUCGAAACCACACUGAGAAAAACAAUUUUUGGUAUUCGUAACUACAGUCAUGUAGAAAAAUAAUUACUAUAAAUUAUGUGUGGCCAAGAAAACUAUUUUUUUAAAUUAAAUUCUACUAUAAUGUAAGCGACAAUAACUUUAUGCGCAUGUUACUGUUAUCAUUCUCCUGUUAGAGCAACCAAAAAAUAUUGCUGAGGCAAAAAAUAACGAUAAUUUUAGUUAGAUUAUCCAUUUCUUUCUCUCAGUGCAUAAACGUCAUCGAGUGUGAGAAUUCGUAAUUAGAAACCAAAGUUCAUGUUGAAAAUCGACUUCUGAUGUGUGUAUUUUCAUUAUUUAAAAAUCACAGACCGAGUGUUGCAACUCUUCGGUUCUUAUUUUAAACUCUCUUUCAUUAAUACAUUAAUGGUUAAUCAUUAUCAUUAUUAAACCAAUUAUUGACUUAGAACCACAUUUAAAAGCAUCCUCAUCGAUAAAAGAGAGUUGAGGACAUGAGUCUUUGAGUAUUGGAAAAUCACAUGAGUCAAGGAGAAUUAAAAACAAAUUUAGACUUCUUUUCUAGGAAAUCGCAUCGAUCGGAACUCGAUCUUCGAAAUUAGAACUCGAAGAGCCCUAAUUUCCUGAGCCUGAAAUAUCUGUGAUAGAACUAUGUAAAAAAUAGACGAAGAAAUGGAAAAAAAUUUCCUGUCUGCACAAUCACGUGCAACGAUUCGUCGAGUUGUCGUACGUGAUUGUACAGACAGGAAACUUCUUUCUAUUAUUUUCUUUGCUAUUAUUUUAACGUAGUCCCACCACUGAACUUCUCCCUAUUCGUUUUUUUUUCUUCGACGUACCGUUACACUCGAGAAUUCAUAUCCCGUACAGUCCGACACGCACGCAGAUGUCACUCGUGACAUUGUUACCAAACAUAAGAGAGCCACAAUGCUUGCACGCGUGCCCCUACAUGAACUUUUCACGUUGUCGACCUCUCUCGUUUACGCGUGCACGUGUACAUACACAAGAAAGAAAGAGAGGAAAUGUCAUGAGCUCUUCGUCGGGCACAAAGUGGAGGCAGUGAUGUAAUUAGUGUCGAAAGUGCCUCACUGCGCGAGGAACGAGAGGGAGCGUGGAACCUAAGGGUGAGUUUCAGGGCGCUCUUCAAUUUGCAACACUAACGACAAGUUCACGACGGGAUUUAACAAUAACGUUGUCGAGAGCUCCUCCUUUGUUCGAUACUUUCCCCUUUCGUCCUUCCUUUCUCUCUAUUAUCGCGCUCACGCGUUUCACGUACCCCUUCUCUCCCUUUCUCUCUUUUUCCCCAAACUUUUCCUGCCGAGCCCGAUAAGACGGGGAGGGCUUCCUUCCCACCUCCCAGAGGACGGUUCGCGAGGUCGUUAGUUACGCCACUGAGGGACGAUCAGUCGCGGUGCAAGCGAGCUAGAGAGAGUUUGCACGCUACCGGGUGGUCGCUGGAGAAGGAUGACUGUAGCGACCGGGAGUGGGCAGGAAACGGUUCGGCUUGGACUAUGUAAGACGAGGCGGCGAGGGGUCCGACCGAGCCGAGUUCCCAUCCAGACCGGAGUGUCCGAUCAGUCGUCGCGGCGCGUGCUGCUUCUCGCUCUUCGCAGUUCGUCGCUUCGCGGUUCGGAGCUGCUGCUUCCAGCCGCGACGAGACCGGCGGCAGAAACACCGGCGAAUCGUCCGUGGUGUUCCCGGUGAGGGGACAUGAGCCUUCGAAGGCGGGAACCGCCUCUCGACCUUCCGACGCAACGCCGCCCCGACAGUCGGGAUCACCGCGAGAUUACGAGAUGAGUUUGAUCGUCGACGGGAGUGCGCGAGAGAGAAAGCGACCAAGUGACAAGAUAACGUAACAUCGUGAGACGGACUCGAGACGGAAACACCGCGCCUCUACUUGGCGUAUUGCGCGAUCGUGAAAUUGUUGAGAAAUAACCGAGAGAUCACUCACCUCCUGAUCAUCCACGAGAUCCCCGUUGCUCGUCGUGAACGAUACCACGAACAGCGAGAUGGAGGAUUCAGCGACGUCCAGCAUCCUCCUGAUAGCGAAGAUCGGCGCGAUGAUCGGUCUCGGCUUCGGCUCUCUAGCGUUGGGAGCUCUGCCACUGAUGGUGGGUCUUUACAGGACGAAGCAGCUGAAGAAACGCCGUCGCGCGGUCUCCAAUCACUCCAGCGCCUCGACUUCCACUUCGGCGUCUAACGCGUCUUCGUCGAGCGUCGACUCCGCUCCCGUCGCGGACUCGCAAGGUCUCCUGAAGUCGCUGUUACUCUGCUUCGGCGGCGGGGUACUCCUGUACACUACGUUCCUGCACCUGGCGCCAGAAGUGCGCGCCAGCGUGGAGAGGCAUCAGUCCAACGGCCAGCUGCCCACCUUGGGCACCUUGAGCCUGGCCGAGCUGCUCUUCUGCGGCGGCUUUUUCCUCGUGUACCUGGUCGAGGAGGCGGUGCACGCCGCUCUCACUAGCAAGCCCGACUCGUCUGAGGCGUUGCUCUACAGGACCGUGUCGGUGCGCAGAUGCAACAACAGUCAGACGGGCCCGUCGACGGCCGCGGUGACGAACGGCUCGAUCACCACGAUGUCCACGACCAGAUCCACCUGGAAGGACACUGACGAUCCCGAGGAAAAUGAGGAGCGUGCGGAAGCAGUGGAGCGACCGAGACUCCAUCCCAACGACCUCGCUGAUCAAACGGCCAAGGACGACAAGGUCUUGCCGGCUAUAUUCGUCUUGUCACCCGCCAGCUUGAACAUGAGACAUCAGGACGUCGAGAAGGCGUCUGAUCCGGAGCUGGCGGUUCCUGAGCUAAGCUACCCGCGCUUCAAGCAUCACGAGCAUGGCCACCAGCACGGCGCGUUAUUGACGCAGAACACGUCGGUGCAAGGUCUGCUGACCGUGUUAGCCCUGUCCUUCCAUGCGAUAUUCGAGGGCCUGGCGGUGGGUCUGGAGCCGUCCAUCAGCUCGGUGGUGUAUCUGGCCGCUGCGAUCGCCACGCACAAGCUGGUGAUCUCCUUCUGCGUCGGGAUGGAGCUCUACGCGGCCGGUGCCUCCACCAGGACCACCCUCGCCUAUCUAUCGAUAUUCUCCAUGGUGACGCCGAUCGGAAUCGCCGUGGGACUCGCGUUGGGCCACUUCAAGAACGACAGCGAGAACCUGGGGCCCACGCCGACUAUACUUCAGGGCAUGGCGGCCGGCACCUUGCUCUACGUGGUGUUCUUCGAGGUGCUAGCCAGGGAGAGGGCGAACGAGAAGAGCGGCCUGCUGCAACUCGUCGCGAUCAUCGUCGGCUUCACGCUGAUGCUGGGCCUGCAGAUCGUCACCGCUCAUUCGCAUUCGCAUUCGCACGGUAGCCCCAGCCCCGCGUCCGACCACGGGCACGGGCACGAUCAUCACGACCAUGACCACGACCACGAGAAGGAGCACAGGCUGGAAGAUCAUCCCAGCCACCGGCACUCCCACGACGAGACGACCGUCCUCGCGGGCGCGAUCGACAAGGUGACCGAGAACAUCGUCGAGGCCUUGUCGAGCGCCUUCACGUCGUCCACGACAUCGUCGCCGACGACGCAGCAGCAGGAGGUCGUAAACGCGAACGACUCGUCGUUACAUCCCUACAGUUAGGGAUCGACCUGAAUAACCACUUAAUGACUUUCUAACGGUGCCAAGUUUCGCCAGUGCUGAGGAAUCUGACGGUUGAAGGGGAUCCAGCACCGGGGAAAUUCGUGGGAAGUUUAAGGAACGAUUGACGGUGACGAUAAGGAUAGCGUCUUGGCUGAAAUCGACGGUCGGGUCGAAGGACGAAUCGGCGUUCUGCCGAUCGAUCUUCACGGAUCCAGCCAUCGAUCGGAACGUACUGUGUAAUGUAUGUAAGGCGAGAGACGAUGUUGUUCAACGAGAGUGUCCGGGGGUGUCCGAAGCAAAACGUUAUGAAUUCCUUGACGAUGUUGCCGAUUGUUGCGACAGACGCGUGAAGAAUUUCUCGCUCGAACAUGCGAUUUUUCAAGAGUCCUCCUCAAUACACUUUCGCUCGUUCGCUUGCGUGCCAGCGAGAAAAAAAGAGUUUGCGGCGUUAUUUUUUCUAACGUAAAUAGAUCUAUCGUUUGUAAUUACCAUGUAAGAGAAAGAGAGAGUGCCUUCAAGUAUCGAUGGUCUGUGCCGAGCUGAGCCUGGACGUUCCACGGUCGAAAGUAUUACGAUAUCGAGAAGCGUUCAGCCCACGAACGACUGUUCUCGUGAUCGAUGCACAAUGGGCCAGACAACUCAAAAUCGUGGCCAAAAACUAAGUAUUGAAAUAAAAUUUAAAUAAAAGAAACUGUUUAUCAUUUUGUCGAUACUUCAGAGUAUUUAAAAACCGACAUGUAUAUUCAUCAAUUAAGAUCAUUGUACGGUAUUCUGAACUUAGAAAACUACACAAAAUCAAUAAGAGGAAGUAUAAUACAUUAACUAAUGUAUUUUUAAAUAAUUACAUAAUAUACAGUUUUUGUUGGUAUUUUUGCAUUAAUAAAUGUUGAAACAUCACUAAAUAAAUGAAAUAGCUAUAAAUAAAUAUGUAGAUUUCGUAUAUCUGGUAUAAUUUAUUCAUAUAAAUUGAUAUUUUGCAUAUAUACGCAUUAUCGAUUCUCUUUACACCUAAACUUCACACCGAAAUGAAAAAAAUGAGGUACCAUUUUAUUCGUUAGAAUGUAUACUUUAAGCUUGACCUGCUCACUUCUGUUCGUUUUCAUCUUUUUCAAAAAUAUCGUCCUUAAAACGCAUCCUUGCGCACUUCGUCACUUCUACUUGCAUGAAGAUAUUCACUGCACUCACUCACUCAAGAACAUGUAUGAGAACAUAUAUGAGAGAAUUAGAAAAUUUUAACCAUUAUUGUUAAAGAUUCACUUUUGAACGCAAGGCGACCCAGCAUCAUUGCGAUUUCAUUGUUACCUCAUUUUUAUCAUUUUAGUGUGAAGUUUAGAUGCGGAGAGAAUCGAUAACGUACGUACAUGAAAAAUUUAUUGGUGAAUAAAUUACACCAGAUAUAUUAAAUCUACAUAUUUCUUUAUAGCUAAUUCAUUUAUUUAAUGAUGUUUCAACAUUUAUUAACCACUUCGCUAGCAUUGACGCAUUUUUGCGUCAAAUAAAGGAUGCACCAAAAAUGACAUUAACGGACUAAUGCGCACAUCAUUUUAUUUCUUUCUCGUUAGCAAGAUUUUCAUCAAACUCAGUAUCCAGGGGUUUUUGGGGUCGCUGAUUUCGAAUGUGAACUCGAAAUUUGAAAAUUUAAAAUGGCGGAAUUUAUGGCGAACCAAAAUGCGAAAAGUGACUUGAUUUUAAUAUAACCUGGUAUUCGGGAAUUUUUGGGAUCGCUGCUCUUGAAUCUGAGGUUAGAUUUCAAAUUCAAGAUGGCGGGUCCAAUAUGGCGGAUCAAAUAGAAAAGUGACUUGUUCUGGAUGAAACUCGGUACUCGGAGGUUUUUAAGGUCACUGAUUUCGCAUCUGAAAUUAGUUUUGUCAAUUUGAACCUUCAAAUUUUGAUCUCAAAUUCGUAUUCAGCGACUCGAAAAGUACUUUAGUACUUUUUAUAAAAAUCAAGCAACAUUUUGAUGUCACCAUUUUUGAUUCAGUUGAUACUGAUUUUCUCUGCCAGCGAAGUGGUUAAUGCAAAAAUACCAACAAAAACUGUAUAUUAAAAUUGUUUCUCAAAUACUUUAUUUUAAAUACAACUAUUUGAAAUAUACCUUAUCUAUAUGCAGUCUAUAUUCAGUGCUGCAUACGGAACAAAGUCCACCGCAUUCCUUGUAACGAUCGAGUUGCCUCAGGUUUUUAUAUGCGACAUAUUAGCCUUAAGAAGGUAAAAAUUAUAGGAAGUCCUGCUAAUAUCAUAACAGAAAAAGUAGUGAAAUAAUCUUGAAGAUUUGUUCCCUAGAUCAAUCGAUUCUAUAGAUCCCAUUGUAUGUACGAUGAGUACAAAGUCUCUAAGGGUCAUCUUUCCUCAGGACUUAUCCUCAUCCCAGUCUGGAUGAGGAUCCUCGGUCUGAAAUCACACUACAUCCUCCACACGGAAGACCCUGGAAACUACAAUUAUCGUAGGCAAAUCGCAGGUGUUUCAAUGCAAUAAUAAAUUAUUUUUAAUAUAACUACGAUUAUAACUAUGAAUUUCUAAAUUUAGAUAUCAUAUUCGUAAUCAGCGAUCUCAAAAACCUCCGAGUAAACCUUUAUAGCCGAAUCCGUCGAUGUAUCUCACUUUUCGCCGCCAUAUUGAAUCCGCUAUUUUGAAUUUUGUAAUUUUGAUCAAAAAUUCGUAAUCAGCGACCUCAAAACCCCCCGAGUAAACAUUUGUAGCCGAAUCCGUCGACGUAUCUUACUUUUCGCAGCCAUGUUGAAUCCACCAUUUUGAAUUUUGUAAUUUGGACCACAAAUUCGUAAUCAGCAAUCCCGAAAACCCCACGGAAACCCCCGCGUCAAACUUUAUAGUCCAAUCAUUUGAUGUUUCGAAUUUUGGCCACGAUUUCAGGUCGCCUGGCGAUGGCGUGAGAAACGCGGACGCUCAGCAUGUAACACAGGAACGAAUCUGUAAACUUACCGAGAAAAUACUCGAAUCCAAAUUUAAUCUACAUGCGCCGCGCGUUUUAAUGGUUAUUUUAAUAAAUUAUUAUCACGGGGAUA